UAGGUGUUCAGUCAUGGUAGGGAGUCCGCUGUUGAUAGGCGCGAACGAGUUGAAAGUCACGUGUGGCUGCAUUCCCGUUCCGUACGGUUGGGAUAGUAAAAUCAUCGGUGUGUCAAGUAAGCUCGGAGGUUUUGAGGAGUAGUAACAGGAUAGUAAAAUUGAAAUAGAAAAAGAAAAGAAGGGGAAUGAUCAGGUGACGCGUGUGAUGAUCAGCUUAUGCGAGGACGCGGCUCCUGGGAGCGGUUCACUCUUGGACGAAAUCAAUACAAUCGCCUGCGACUUGGCCAGCUUCGUACUCGCGACACUCGGUUUUCUAACCUCAAACGCGACGAGUACCUCGGCGAGGAACGAAGAGGACGCAUACGGCCAACAACACCAGACUCUGCUUGAACUUUGCCAAGAGUUUUCCGCCUGGCUCGCCUUCGACGAGUUUCAACUCCAGCUCUUCAAACUCUUCGCCUUAAUCCUCGUCAGCAACGUCGCUCUCAUUUACGUCGCUUGGCACGUUUACGGCGAUCGGAUAUCUGAUCGGUUCAUGAAACCAGCGACUUCUGCUGCCGUUGAGGAACUGAAGAAAAGCGUCUCCCGUUUGAAGUUACCCAAGGAGCAUUCCCCCCGAGUUUAGAAACUCAUUCGCCAACUAACACUUCAUCGAUAACGAACCGAAAUCAACUAACAUGGCG